GGCGUCUUGUCUGCCUGGAGGCCGUGAGCCGUUUACUUUUAACGGUUUAAGUCAAUAUACAAAUUAAUGCGAUUAACGGAAUUAAAUUGCCACGACAACUAAGAAACGAGGAUACGGUGAGAUUGGAUACAAAGGAAGGAACAGCCUUCCAUUACAAGUGUGAGACUACCUCCACAGCCUGUUUUUCAGACUUUCUCCACUUGAAUUUCGCCUGUCCUGUGCAUCUUUUGGCUAGAGACUUUGUGGAAUAAUCUAGUUAGUUUUCAUGUUUAUUAGCAUGCAAAUGGAGAAGUGCUGAUGAUGGGUCCCAUGUUUUGUGGAAAAUGCAGCAACCAGAUUGGUCUUCACCGAACUUUCAACAUUCCAGGGAUUUUGUGAGAAAAUUCCCUUAUGUAGUCUCAAAAUUAGUCUCCACAAGAAACAUAGCCUGAUGUGAGUAGAGGGAGGUCUUCUGGAAGGAGGUAGCAACCGCUACAUUUCAGGGGAUUGGGAUUUUGUUGAUCCCUUUCUUGUUUUGAGGGUGACAAAGGCAGAGGAAUUUACUAUUUUUCCAAUACACCAUGGUGGAGAAACAGCGCUGUCCCCUGCAGAGGGAUAGUGUUUACCGCUGGUUCUCAGAGUUGACUUCCUCCCAGAGGAUUGAAUUUUUGUGUGGCCUUCUGGAUCUUUGUAUCCCAUUGGAAUUACGUUUUCUUGGGUCCUGCCUUGAAGAUCUGGCUCAUAAAGACUACCACUCACUACGGGACUCUGAAAUCAAGGCAAAUAAUCCUGCAGAUCUUGGAAGCCUCACUAAUUUAACAGAUGAGGUUGUCCGGAGCAAAUUAUUGGUUUCCUUGGCCUUGCUGGGAUCAGACAACCGUGAGGCUGCAGGUGUCCUUUGCCGGACUCUUACUCACAUUGAUUCCAUAAUUAACAACUAUGGACUGCAACUCAAUGAUGGAAGAACUGGAGAUGAGUUUCUCUUGCUUUUCACAAUGGCCACCAACCACCCAGCAUUUAGCUUCCACCAGAAGCAGGUAUUGAGGAAAGAACUUGCUCAUAUCCAAGGCAUGGUCGACACCACCAGCCACCAAAGCACUACUGGAGGUAUCCACACAAUUACUACCAGUGUUCCAGCAGCCACUACAACUGUCAGCAGCAGUAAAGUAUCUGCUAGCUGCCCCAAGGUUACACUAAGAGCUGAUUCUCCCAUAAAUAAUGUGUGUAACAGUUUAGCAAAUGCACUACACACAUCCUCACAUUCCAUAGAAGAAUCGUUAGCCAAGAGGCCUUCUGGGAAACACUCGAAAGUGUACAUUGAAAAAAUUGACUUUAAAGUGUUUCCACAUAAGAAGAAAGAAAAAAAUGGUGACUGCUGUUUUGAGGUUUUUUGGUCUGAUUCAUCCAUAUCUUUAGUAACCAAAUCUUCUGCAGAAGUUGCUGACCUACUUUCAAAGCUUUCCCAUCUAUCUCCAGAAGAAAACUUGGAGAAAUGCAUUCCUUACCGUGCUGGCAUGGAUUCUUAUUCCAUGGAAAGAAACUACGUGGAUGUUGAGUUAGACUUUAGGCAUCUGGUUUCUUUGUCUCCCCAAAUUUUAAAAAAUGAUCUAGUAAAAAAAUUCUUCUCUACUCCAGCAAACCACCAACAUCAGAAUUUAAACCCCAGUAAUCCAUCCCUUCUUAAAAUAAACACUCCAGUUGGUUCAUCUGUACGACCAAUAUGUGGAGUUGCAAGCAUUCAGUCUUCUCAGAGCAGCAUAACAUCACACCAUGCUGUAGGCUUCCCCCCUUGCUCCUACUCCGGAAGUUCUAGCACUUCUUCACUUGCUUAUCGACCCCAUUUGGAUGUUCAGUCCUCUGUUAUGGUGUCUUCCAAUGUGCCAAGUCCACAAACCCAAGAACAACAGGAAAUAUUGGAGUGGCUUCGAAAACUGCGUUUGCACAAAUACUACACAGUUUUUAGCCAGCUUUCCAUGAAAAAGUUUUUGAGUCUUACUGAAGAAGAUUUAAAUAAAUUUGAAUCUCUCACCAUGGGAGCAAAAAAGAAAUUAAAGACACAACUUGAAUUGGAGAAGGAGAAGUCUGAAAAGCGUUAUUUAAAUCCUGGACACUGUGUUUCAUUUAAUAACAGCGGCAUUGCAAGAGUUCCCCCUACUAGUCAUGUUGGUCCUGUGCAGAAUGUUCACUGCAGCCAUGCAACAGAGCUGUCUGUGGAUGUUGAACCUCCGACUCAUCAGAUGCCUCAAGAGGGCAGUUCAUCUUCAGACUAUUCCAGUUCUCCUUCAAGCCCUAUGGGACUCCAGGCUCGCGAAGAAAGCUCGGACAGCGCAGAAGAAAUGGAUAGGCGACUGAUUCGACACUAUGAUUGUGCAGAAAAGGAGAAGUCUGUCUUGUUAGUGAAUCACUUCACAUCAAAUUUGGUACGACCAACAGCUCAGGUUUUACCAGUUCAAAAUGAUACUGUGUCAAGCCCUUCCAGCCAUCAGCCUAUGCCACUUCAAAUCAUAACAGGAACAGCUGCCCACAUUGCUCCACUGCACCUUACGAACACGAUGCACAAACUAGAUAGAGGAAAUUUAGAGAUAAAACUGCUUCAAACUUCCACUCAGCCAGUUUUAUCUCCUGAAGAAAGAAACAAAAGUUCAUCUGGUCCCAGAAGUGGCAUUAAAAUGGAAAAGAGCUUUGGAAACUUGAUUAUGGAUGUCAAAUCCACACCAACUCCUUUGCAUCAUGGUCAUGUUGUUGCUUUACCACCUGAUAUUAGCUCCAUGCAGCAGUCUCCUACCUUUUGUGUGCGACCCAAAGUAGGAAAUUCUGUUUCUGGGGAAAGACCAACUAAACCAACUCAGCAACAGUCCCCAGUAGAAUCAACUACUGCUGGCACCUUGUCAUCUACUGCAGUCUUUCAGAUGACUCGUCCACCAGUCAAACUCCUUGUUUCUUCCUCUGAUUCUUCCAUUGUUGGACAAACAUCUUGCUGUAGUAACAACCCUACAGUAAUAAAUCAAAGAAAUCUUCCUUAUACAGCAAAUACCAAAGUUGCCUUUUCAUCUAUGAGUGGUAUCCCCAUAGCCCAAAUGUCUGGCAGUGUAAGUUCAAAUACUAGUACUGCCUCCCCAGGCAACCAUGCUUCUGCAUCGUUUGUGGCAAACCUUUCAAGCUGCCCUGCCCCUUGUUCGAGUCCUGCUCUUUCCUCAACCUCUGAAAAUGGCAGUUAUUACAGUGGCAAUGGAAAUACUCCAUCAGUGAACAUACAGAUUACAAACCAGACUCCCUCUCAGCAUCACGUUCACCAUUCACAGCAAACACCACAGCAACAGACAGGGUGUACUGUGUGUAGCUCUUGUGGCUGCAGUGGUAACUGUGGCUCUGGUGGUGUGACUCUAAAUUAUGGCAAUUAUUUUCAGCAUACAUUUUCAACUCCCUCCAUGUUUCCAUUCCCUCUCUUACCCUUCAACCCUAUCUGCAAUAAUGGCUACAUUAACACCCAGCAAUACAACAAUGCUACUUUUCCUGUAGUUCAUACUCCUUACAACAGUAGCCUCAAUCCAGACUCCAUGUUAACAGGACAGGCCAGCUUUUCUAUACCACCAAUGCAAAACUUUUUUACUGGCACAGCAGGAGUGUACCAACCUCAGGGAAUGAUGGGAUCUCUCAAUGGUGCCACUCAUAAAAAGAAUGGAAAUGUUUCAUGUUACAACUGUGGAGCCAGCGGACACCGAGCUCAGGAUUGUAAACAGCCAUCAAUGGACUUUAAUCAGCAAGGUACUUUCCGUCUUAAAUAUGCUCCUCCAUCAGAUGGUCUGGACUCUGCUGAAUAAACCUUAAAUAUGGGAAUAAGAUGUGAAAAAUCAUCUUAGUUGCUCAGCUUCAAAAAUGUCCAUCACAGUUAAAGGUGCUUUACAUAAACUGGCAUGAAUAUCAUCAGGGUCUCCAUUUAUAUUGCCAAAUUUUGUUUAUACUUUAUAUUUUAAUCACACAUGCAGCAUGUUUAAAUCUGGCCUCAGUUAACCUCUGCUUUCUGGAAUCUACGAUAAAGAUGAUUUUAAUAAUGACAUUUAACAGUUAUUUUUCAUUUUUUGACUAAGAAAAGAAAAAGUGUGUGGGGCAGCUAAAAUAAAAUACUGAAGCCUAAUAUUGCCUUUAUGUCUAGUCGAGGUAAUAGCAUGGCAUUAUGCUUGACCGAUUGCGUUGAAUACAUCUGUUCUAUAUAAAAUAUAACCCAUCAGGAAGUAAUCACUGGGAUCUUUUGAGGAUUGCACUAGGGGAAGAAUGUAUCCUUUUUCUGGAAACUGUUUUCCUACUGUAUACGCGUUGCAAACUUUUCAAGAGCAUUGAAUACAGAAAUUUAAAAAAGACUCAAGUGACCUAAACAGCCGUGGAAAAAAAUGUCAUAUUUGUUGGCCUUUACUAAUUAACUUUUCAGAAUUUGCACUUUAAUACUAUUAUUAAUGAAACUAAGUAACAAAUUAGGAAGGGUCCAGGACUUGUGACAUCUUUAAGAAAAUGGUUUUCUUGGGAAGUAUUUUUCACGUGGUGACUUUUAACCAAGGUACCUGCAAUGGACUUGACCUUAUAUGGUAACACUACAUUUGGAAUUGCAUUUUUUUUUAUGGUGAAAAGUGGACUUAUUUCAAAGGGCUUUUACUGAGAAGACAAAAUAUUGUCUAAACUAGAAAAUCGGCCUCCUAGGACAAAGGAGAAAAGAGUGCAAAUUUAUUUAAUCCUUUUUUACAUUACAAAGAAAUUUAAAAAAUGCCCACAAAUGUACUUUUAGAAUUAUUGACGAGAUUUACAUUUGCUUUAUUUAUUUUGGGAGGCUACAUUUAAAAAACAACAACACUUUUUUUUAGUUGAUUGCCAUCUGUCAAGCAAUUAAAUACUGCAUGUGGCCAUUAAGAAUAUUUGUACAAAAUCCUUGAUCACUGUACGGGACAUAAUUUCCUGGAUCACUGAUUGCUUACAUGAAACCAAAGAUAGAAGUGGCAAGAAAAUGAAAGAUAUUGUUUUGUUUUUUUAGGUAAUACAUUUCAGAGCUUUGAACCUGAGUAACAUUCUAAAGCAUUUAAUAGAGAGAAAGAGAGGUGUGUGUGUAGUAU